AUGAGUUGCCAAUCUUUUACUCCGGCUGAUACCUUUAUACCUCUGAAUUCUGACGCUUCUGCAACUCUGCCUCUGAUAAUGCAUCACAGUGCUGCCGAGUGCCUACCAGUCUCCAACCAUGCCACCAAUGUGAUGUCUACAGUCCCGUCUAUUUUGUCUUUGAUCCAAACUCCUAAAUGUUCGUGCACAUAUUUCUCUGUGACAACGUUGGGAAAUACAGCAACAGGACUUCAUUAUUCUGUUCCUUCCUGUCAUUAUGGAAACCAGCCAUCAACCUAUGGAGUGAUGGCAGGUAGUUUAACUCCUUGCCUUUACAAGUUUCCUGAUCACACCCUGGGUCAUGGGUUUCCUGCCCUCCACCAGCCUCUCUUGGCAGAGGACACCACAGUCGCUGAAUUCAAGCAAGAACUCAGGCGGAAGAGCAAACUGGUUGAAGAACCAAUAGACAUGGAUUCUCCAGAAAUUCGAGAGCUUGAAAAGUUUGCCAAUGAAUUUAAAGUGAGGAGAAUUAAGUUAGGAUACACCCAAACAAACGUUGGGGAAGCCCUGGCAGCUGUGCAUGGCUCUGAAUUCAGUCAGACAACCAUCUGCAGAUUUGAAAACCUACAACUCAGUUUUAAAAAUGCAUGCAAACUAAAAGCAAUAUUAUCAAAAUGGCUGGAGGAAGCUGAGCAAGUAGGAGCUUUGUACAAUGAAAAAGUGGGAGCAAAUGAAAGGAAAAGGAAACGGAGAACAACUAUAAGUAUUGCUGCUAAAGAUGCUCUGGAGAGACACUUUGGAGAACAGAAUAAGCCUUCCUCUCAGGAGAUCAUGCGGAUGGCUGAAGAACUGAAUCUUGAGAAAGAAGUAGUAAGAGUUUGGUUUUGCAACCGAAGGCAGAGAGAAAAGAGAGUAAAGACAAGUCUGAAUCAAAGUCUAUUUUCUGUUUCUAAGGAGCAUCUUGAGUGCAGAUAAGAGUUCCUAUUGUGUGACAGCCAUAUUUUCCUGUUUUUCAUUUUGUUCUCUUUCCCAACAAAAAUAGAAAUUAGGUACGUGGUUGACUUCAAAUUUAUUUUAUAUCAAUAACUUAUGCAGUUCUGUUUUUUUUAAAAUGAAUUCAACAAUUUAAAUUAUAUUAUUUUCUUUAAAAUAAUUAUUCUCAGAAGCUACAAUGUACAUUGUAAACAAAAGAUACUAAUAGAAAAAAAUAAGACUGCACACACACAUAGACAUCAGUUUGUAUGUUUUUUUGUUUGUUUUAGUUUGAAACUUUUAUUAAGCCAGGUUAUUAGCUUUGUAAUUUUUAAUUGGUAAUAUAUGUAAGGAAUAUGAUCAGGGAAGAGCCAUUUAGAUUCAUUAACAUUGAUUAAUGAAUUGGUUCUGCUGAUCAGCAGAGAUGUCUUAGAAUUUUAUUACUCCAUGUAGGAAUAAAUUCAAUCAGAACUGAUGCCUUUGAAUCUAAUAUUUAUGGCAUAGAACCCACAUAAAUCCUUCAAAAGAGAUGUAUAGAAACACUAUGUAAAACCUUUUGAUUUUCCCCAAACAUUGGCUUUUUGAUGUUCAGCUACAGAAAAUACAUGGGCUAGGAGUGUUGCUCAGUGGUAGAACACUUGCCUAGCAUAACAGGUUCUGGGUUUGAUCCCCAGCACUGCCAAUUUUUUUUUUCUCUGUGUGUGUGUGUGUGUGUGUGUAUACAUUUUUAAGCUAUAUAUAAUUGAGCCCCAAACCAUUAGUCUGUAAGCUGCAACAGGGCAGUGAAGGUAUCUGGCUUGUUUGCUGUUAUUUCUCCAGUGCUUGGAAGGUAUUUGCUCAUAAUAGCAUGUAAUUUUUGUUAAUAAAGGGAUGUACUGUUAACAAUGGCUACAAACAUGAAGGGUGCUGUCUAAUUUAAAAACUAAAUCUAUUUUUGAAAUCUCACAAUCCUGAACAUUAUCAGGGUUCCUAUAAAAAAGACAGUCAAUUGGUUAGAAUCUGAUUUAUUAUUAAUAACAAAGUUUGAUAUUUGGCUUUUCAAUUUCAGUAAUUGUAUCUCAAAGAAGACAUUUAUUUAACUUUUAAAAAUUAACUUCUUUGAACUUGCAAGUAGAAGCAAACUGUAAUAUAAUAUAAAUCUAGAAUAGUCCAUUUUUUGGGCAUUUUGAAUGUCUGCUGGCAAUGUUACCUAACUUAUUUUAUAUAACAAUCUGGAAAAUGUUGACAUAGAAUGCUUACUUAAUAAAUUAUUCUGUACAGCCUCCCCUCCUAUUUUUAUAUUAUUAAUCACUUAGAAUAAGAUCCUUUUAUAGCUCAUAUAUGUAUAUGCACAAAUAAUCCACAACCUUAAUCUUACUAAUAAACAUAGAUA